GUGUGAACGGUGCACAAUUUCAAAUGAGCCCCAGUCAUGUAGGUACAUGCUGUUUACAGCACACAUACAUAUUAAGCAGUCGCCCCUCAUAACAUUCUUCCAGAGUUUUGCAUACAACUUGGCACCAAUCAACUUAAUCACACGGCGAUAACACGGUGGUAACCACUCACACGGAGACGGAUGGAGGUAAAUUGACCACGAGAGCCGUGUGGGACGUGCCUCAGCAGAUCAAAGAGCGAGAACACAAGUUUAGACAGUUUCUGUGGGAGGAAAAGGAAAGUGGCUCGCUUGCCGAUCUGGAUAUCCGCGGUGGGCUCAUCAUCAGUUUCCAAUGCAAACUAGGAAACAACACACAUGCAGUUGGAAACUGCGAUAUUUGAAUUUCUUUUCCUCACCGUUUGGAUUCAUGUUUUUCGUUCUAUAAUAUUACAGUAGAAUGUUGGAAUUGGCUUUUCUCGGCGCUUUCUUUUUAUCAACAGUCCGUCUUACUUUUUCCCAAGAGAGUGGAUACAGACAUUCCGCCGUUUUGGAUGCGAAUGGAAAAUACCGAAUAAAAUGGAAAUUCGACGAUACAACAGUAACCUUUGAAUUAGAGGUUGAAACUACAGGAUACGUAGGGUUUGGGUUCUCUUCUAAUGGCGCGAUGGCGUUAUCGGAUAUAGUGAUUGGUGGCGUGUCCAAUGGAAAACCUUACCUCCAGGAUUAUUUUGCUGACCCCAGCAGAAAGGUUCACAGAGACGCGGAGCAGAGCUACAGGCUUGUGUAUGGGACGGAAAAUGCCACACACACUGUCCUGGCAUUCAGCAGGGACCUCAUCACUUGUGAUCCGAACGACAAAGAUAUAUCGGCUAGCACGGUGCGCGUGAUCUGGGCCUACCAUGAGGAGGACGUGAGGCCCUCGGGGCCCAUGUACCACGGAGUGAACCGGGGGAGGAAGAGUCUGCGACUGCUAAAUCCAGGAAGUGGUGCUGCUGCUCCCCUCGGCUCUGCGUCUUUUGACCUGCAAAACGAUCACGUGCCUGUGCCUUCAAAGGACACAACUUACUGGUGUCGGAUAUUUAAAAUCCCAGAGGUCCAGAAGAAGCAUCACAUAAUUAGAAUCGAGCCUUUGAUUCAGAGAGGCCACGAAAACCUGGUCCACCACAUUUUAUUGUACCAGUGCGAUAGCAGCCUGGACGAGACUGACCUGAAGAGAGGACAUGAGUGUUUCCAUCCAAAUAUGCCAGAUUCCUUCAUUACUUGUGAGACUGUUGUCUUCGCCUGGGCAAUCGGUGGUGAGGGAUUUUCAUAUCCAUCCCACGUCGGUCUCUCCAUCGGAACUUCUAUAGACCCAGUUUACGUCCUGAUGGAAGUCCACUAUGAUAACCCCACACUACAACAAGGAUUGCUGGACAGCUCUGGUCUGCGUCUGUUCUACACGCCAAAGCUGAGGCAGUACGACGCAGGGGUGAUCGAGACGGGGGUGUGGGUUAGUCUGUACCACAUGCUGCCCCCCGGCAUGCAGGACUACGUGUCUGAGGGACACUGCACCAGAGAAUGCCUGCAAGAGUCCCUGGAGCAUGAGAUGCCCAGUGGUGUCCAGGUGUUUGCCGUCCUCCUCCACGCUCACCUUGCCGGCCGCGCCAUUCGGACGCGUCACUUCCGGGACCACGAGGAGCUGAAGCCCCUGGCGUAUGACGACGAGUUUGACUUCAACUUCCAGGAAUUCUUGCCCCUGAGCAAGGAGAGGCUGCUUCUGCCUGGUGAUAACCUAAUUACAGAGUGCAAGUACAACACAAAGGGCAGAGUUAAUAUGACAUGGGGGGGCUUGAGCACCAGAGAUGAGAUGUGUCUGUCCUAUCUGCUGUACUACCCCAGGAUAAACCUGGCCAGGUGCGAGAGCCUGCCAGAGAUCAACGGACAGCUAAAGUUCAUUGGAGUCAAAGAGAUCCAGCUGCCCGUCAGGACUUGGCCAUUUGUCAUCAAGAGUCCGAAGAGAUACAGCAACCUCUCGUUCACUGAGGCCAUGGACAAGUUCAGAUGGUCGAAGAAAAGAGGGAAGGCCUUCAACGAGGUGGUGCUGCAGCUGCCUAUGAAUGUGCGCUGCUCCAAGUGGGGUCAGGACGAGUGGUCGAUUCAGGGCAUGAUUGUGUCUCCUCCAGAAGUGAGGCGUGACUCCAGGCCCACGCCAACCCUCUGUAGCCCCCGGAGCAAAGUCUCUUCCUCUUCCUCCUCCUCACAACUCCCUGCGCUGACAACUCUCUUCUACUGCUGCUGUCUCUUGUCCUCAGCACUGCUCUGCCCAAGCCUUUAACCAUGGUUUGGCCUCUGUAGUCUAUUCACGUGGCCAGUUACAGUAAACACAUAGAGUUUGGGGGAAGCACUGCCAUAGGGAAAUCACAGUCAAAUCUGGGAAAUAUGUAUCACACUCUCAAGUCAGUUUAGUCAAAUGUUUCCUGACCUGUUUCUACACAAGCAGAUUAAUCGGGAUCGCAGAGUUGAACUGCUUACCGUAUGAAAAAAUAAUUUAAGCUAAUGCUGAUAUUCAUUAUUAUUUUUGCAUUUAUUUACAUAUUUUUGCAUUUAUUUACAAUGUAGAUGCUGAUGGGCAUUUUUUAACUUUGCAUUUAGCUGAUAGAAGUCUGAUGAGCAGCUGGAAAACUACUUAAAUCUAAUCUUUUGAAUCACCCAACAUUUUUUUGUAUCAACGUCCCAUCUAUUAUCAUGGUCCUCGCAAGUAUAGAUAUUUCAGUGGUCUGCAGACACAGUUUCAAUUCUUUAUUUUACAACUAAAUAAUCGUGGAAAAAUCAACCACAAAUAUAUAGGUCAAAGGGAAAACAUUGAAAUAAACACACAUUUUCUGAUUUGCCAAACAAAAUGUUAACUGAAUUAUGUCAGAUGUCAGAAAAAAAACAAUAAAUGUAUUUUUGAACAA